ACCCAGGGCUGUCAGGCUCUGGGACUCACGCGCUCUGCUAUUCACAGCCGUGUGACUCCUUGGGAAGGUCAGGGAGGGCUGCUGGGUGAGGCUCUGCCUGAGCUUGUGGAGAGAUGCAGCAGGCUAGAUAGAAGGAGCAACAUUGUUUCUGGCAGAAGCGACAACAUUUGCAAGGUUUCAGGGAUUUUGAGGAAGGCAGACACAGCACCUGACUCUUCCAAUAACAUCACCAAGGACAGCAAGGAAAUGAGAACCCAGCCUGGGCCUCCACCUGCCCUGGGGCGCAGGGAACGGGCAAGGGUCCAGAGCCGACCAGGAGAUGGCGCUGCUCCCACGCCUGCUCCUCAUGGCCCUGCCCGCUCUGCGCAGGGGGCCCAUUGCGCAAGGGUCAGAGGAUACUGUCCCGCUGCAGACCCUGCGCUGCUACAAUGACUACACGAGCCGCAUCGUGUGCAGCUGGGCAGAGACGGCGGCUGCUGGGCAGCUCGUCAAGGUGACCCUCCGUCGGCGGUUGUUAAAAGAGAACCUUCCCCAGCCAGUGUCCUCUGACUUCACUAACGACAUGCCCUGAUCACA